UCCUCUGAAUUCAACCUGAUCAGUGGGAUAUACCGUUGUGUUUAUUUCCUGUGGAUUAGUUUUACUUUACAAAGUCACACAGCGAACUGAGCGUUUAUUAGUGAAGUAUUUCUUUUAGUAGCUUCUUCCCAAGUGUCGCGGGAGCAGAAUGGCCGGUUUAGAGGUGCAAAGAAAAACACAUGAGGUCGGAGUUUUCUUAGAGCUGAGGAGGAGGCUUCACACAGGACUCCUCAUCAUCAGGAAAGACGGAGCCGGAAGUCCUGCUGAUGUGGUUGUGACAGGUGGAGAUGCAGCGCUCUGCGUCCGGACUCUGCAAGGCGACCUCAGCCUGGGUUUGCCAUCAGGAGUCACCUUGGAGCUGGGAUCCUGCAUUCCGACAUCCGCGGGAAAAUCCUGCGGAGAGGAGCUACAUUACAGACUGCGCAUCAAUGUUGCAGAGAGCUCAGAUGAAGAGGCUUCUGACAGUGUGAUGGAGACACUCCGGGCAAAAGAGAGUUAUUGCUUCCACUGCCAGGGCUGCAUGACCAGGCUGCUGGAGGACAGAGUGUUUAAGAGAGUGCUUCCUCUCCCUAACGGCAACUGGAACGCCCUUGUGGACGACUGGUGUUGCCACUCAGAUCCGUUUGCCAAGGAGAAGUUGCAGCCGAGACCAGAGGACUGUUUACUGGGCGACACUUUCCUCCUCUUAGCCAGAGAUGACAGCUGUGAUCAGAGUCUCACAGAGGAAGUGAGCCGAGUCAGCACAGAGGACGGUCAAGAUUCAAAGAAACCCUGCCGCCGACUGGUACUCAUCUCCUGUAAGAGCUGUUCUGCAGAACUGGGAGAGGCCGUUGCACCAGGGACCCUGAAAUUGUACUUCACACAAGUGUUGGUGGAGCCUGCAGUGGGAGACAGGAAGACAGAAGCCUCAAUUAAAAGAUCUGUCUUUGUGGAGAGGACAAUAGCAGCCAGGCUGUCGGAGCUGUCCAACUCACUGAGCACCUUCCACUUCACUGUCCAGACUCCUGAUGAAAAACCCUUCUUAUUGCUCUGGCUGCUGAACAGCGAUUCCAUCAUAGCGUCAGUCCCGGAGACGUGUGACGGGACUCUUCACAGUCCAUCACCCAGAGCUGCCAGAGCCCUGAAACUGCUCUACGUAGCCUGCUCCAACCCAGGCAUCACGCAGCGAGAGGUUGUAACUAGUUGGGAGGUCAAUGUCAUCGGACAUCCUGUGGUGCUGCCGCAGAAGGUGUGCGAGGAGCUACAGCAAGUGAUAGAUGACAGCAAUUCUACACUUCCUGCGUCGAUGCGCCACAUGAGGUCCUAUGAGGUGGCAUACCUGAGACUCUGAAGUGAAAGCUAAGAAACCAUGACGUUAUGACUCUACUCGUCACUCAGGAUGGAGAAUUCAAGUGGAAGCUCAAAGUAGAAACUCAUGUACAUAUGUUCGUAUAUGUCAAGGUGAUAUCCUGCACAGAUUUCCAGUAAUGAAUAAGAAUGGAGAUAACAGAAGAAGAAAAUGCAGCAAGCUUGGAUUGGCUUGUCUGGCCUUGUCUAGUUGUGGUUCCAGGUUCUGUUCACAUGUUCAGCAAAGCAUCAUCACCUGCAAGCAGAUUCAUGCACAGGUUGUUGCCUAGCCGCUUUGUUAGCAGACAUCCAGUAAAUGCAAAACUUGAAAUAAGAAUGUCAUCAAACUUUUUUUUUUAUAGAUGCACGUCUUAGUAAUUUUUUGAUCCAAAUGUGUUAUUACCCUUUUAUAAGUGUAAUGACUAAUGCCUGUAUUUGUACAGUUCAAACAGUUUGUCCAUUUCAAAACUCUUGCUUUGUAUAUUUCUUACCAUGAGCAACUAAAACAUAAUAAACUGUUGUCUUUUGAAA